CAGUCAUCGCUGUGUGAAAGAAAAAGCAGAUGAACAUUGCUUUGAUUCCAGGAUAAAUGAUGUUCCCUCAAAGAACCUUCAAGAAAAGAGUCUCUUUGCUUGGAAUAACGCAAAUCCUGAAAACCAGACUGGCAGAGCCUGGAUCAAACAAAGUUCCUUGGUUCUUCCAUAUGACUGGGAAGAUGACUGUGAGAUGAUUGACUGGGUAAUUGACCAGUAUGUACAGGAUGACCACAGCAUUUGUGCAUUCUACAAGGGCAAGGUCAUUCGAACCUUGAAAGAUGCUUUGGGAAUCACAUCAGUGGCUGCAAACUCUGAAAAUCUUCCAAAAAGACUCCAAAACCAAUUACUUGAUACAAAUAUUCCAGACAUCCCAAAGCUCUGUUCUGUGAGUGAAUGCCAACUAGCUGAAGAACUCUCAGAUACAGAAUCCCUAAAGCUCCUGAAUUCAAGCCCUCCAUCUCCCUGUAGCAGCCCUCCUGUCUUACCAGAUAAUACUCUUCCUCCACCAGAUGAACCUGAUGCAUGCCAACCAGCUGAGGAAGACCAACAUUGCAAAGAGAUUCCUGAAGAAUGCAAUUAAACAAUGUCACUUUAAAUAUCAGCAAAGCAAACUGCGCCCAGAUCACCUGAGGAUGCUGGAGCACUGCAGUAUGAUGAUGCCAUUAGCAGCGUGUAGAUCAUUCUUUAUGAUGGGACUUCUCUUGUGUGUGUUUCUGCACAAAAUUAAAUGGUAUAGCCCUUGCCCACAAACUAAAACCAGACAGCUCAGAAUAGAGUUGUGAGAGACAAUGCUGUGCCAAUUCAUAUGGAGGAUGUCGUCAAUCUGGGGAAUGGGGUUUUACGCCAUCACCAUGUAUUGGAAAUGGAAAUGGCUCAGGGCUCUGACGCCUUGGUUUAGAAGCUUGCAACCAAACAAUAGAUGUAAAUUUAUCUCAUUGAUGUGACUUAUGUUCUACUGGCAGCACAACACACAAAGCAACCAUUGAUGAAAACAGCACCAUGGAAACCAAAGGUAGGUUUGCACAGCAUAGUCACUCAUGGCACUCAAUAACUUUCGGAGCAGCUGAAGUUGGUGAGAAAGGAGAGAAAAGCUGGGAUUAAGUUGAGGGAAAUGGCCUCAGCGGGAAUUUCUCUUGCACCUCCAGCAAAGAAUGUGGUGGUUUUUAAGAAUGGAGAUCCUUUCUUCACUGGAAGAAAGCUUGUGGUGAAUCAAAGACAGAUCCUUACUUUUGAGUCUUUUUUAAAUGAAGUAACAAAUAACAUCAACGCCCCUGUGGCUGUGAGAAAUAUUUACACACCAAGUGGGGGACAUCGGGUCGUUCAGUUAAAUGAUCUACAGAAUGGAUCUCAUUAUGUGGCUGCAGGAUUUGAAAAGUUUAAAAAAAUAGACUACUUGCAAAAUGGGAACCCAAAACCUAAACGAAACAGAGGAAAAAUUGACAUAAUGGUGAGAGCUGUUUAUUCCAACAGAGUAAAUGUCUCACCCAGAUGGAAGAAACAUAUUCCAAUACCAUGUAUAGUUCAUAUUUUUAGGAAUGGAGAUCUGCUGAAUCCACCUCUUCGAUUGAUUAUUCCCAAGCAUGUAAUGACAAAUUGGGAUAAGAUUCUUGCCAUGAUAACUGAGAAAGCAAAGAUCCAAACUGGAGCUGUCCGCAGACUUUGUACAAUGAAUGGACAGAUUAUAGACAGUGGGGAACAGUUGGAGAGUGGACAGUACUAUGUAGCUGUGGGAUCUGAGAAGUUCAAACAUCUUCCUUACCUUAAACUCCUUGUUUGCAAAAUGCCAUCACAAAAUACUUUCAGGCAUCAACAAAUGGUCAAACACAAGAAUCACAGCAAAGAGGACUAUGUUCUGUCCCAAGAUGGAGUCAGUGAUUCUGCACUGCUACCUUCAACUGUUAAGUCAGAUAAGAGGAGAGUCCAGUCAACAGGAGAUGCAGGAACAGGUCAAAUCCUUGUCUCAGCGCAGAUGAUGAAGAGGAAAGGAAGAAAGAACAACAACCAGGAAUCUAUCUUCUUUGCAAAGCCCGUUCGAGUGAAAUCAAAUCGGAAUCUGAUGAACAAUCCACACCUCAGGGAUUCUGCCAAAGAUGACGGGAGUGUUUUUAAAGUGACUGAGAAACGAGCUGAGCUGCAAGGAGCUCAGGAGAUUCCUGAGGAUGAAAAUACCAAGGUGGAACUGCCGAUUGAUAAGAGAGUAGCAGAAACUGUGGAAGAUGAAGUUAUUCCUGAAGAGGGGGCUUAUCAUGUUGAAGAGGGUUUUAUAUCUAAACCUUAAUGAAGUCUUGGGAGAAGUGGAAGAUUGAGAACAAGAUGAAUUUCCACCAAUGUGUGUCUGGAUGGAGAGAACAGCUCAUUCCAUCCUCAUCAUUGGAAACUCAAUGACACAGAGCCAUGUAGCAUCUCUGUACUUGAAAUCCCAUUGCAACCCUUCACAGAAUGACCUGGGUUUCUAGAAAUAGUCCGUUUUUUCCACGGACUGAUAAUACCAAGGCUGCAAAUAAAAGAGACUGUUCUGAAAUCAGACAGUUAUUGUAUUUUGAUG